AUUUCUGACAUCAAACACUGGAGUUUCAAAUAAUAUUAUAUAUAGAGGGUUCACUCACUAGAGGAAUACAGUCAUGAAGGCAGCAAAAACAAAUGCUGCUAAUACCGUAUUAGACAGACAGUUGGAAAAAGAUAUGGAAAAACUUGAAGAAAAAUAUACUAAGGGAAGGAGAAAGCUUGACAAAAGACAGCUCUCAUUCAUAAAAGAUAAAGCUUCUUAUUUGUCAGGGACAAAAUGGCUAUCAGAAGAUAACGACUUUGAACCUCAGGAUAUUCACCGUAAAACACGGCUUCUGAGGCACAAGUAUACCACAUUAGAGUUGGAUGCUUUGCUCUCACCAAGAUGUACAACACGCACUGCAGACUUGUACUCAACUAACGCUGCAUCAUAUGAUGUUACAGAUAUGUGUCCAACAUUACCAAUGAGCAUUGCUGCAUUGAAGAAGGCAUGGGAUCCUGCAUCAAAUACUGACACCAGUGUUGAACUCUUGUCAUCAUGCUUACCAGCUCAAUCUGUGAGGAUAUCACCUAGAGAAGCUGAUUAUACAAAAUACGAUGGUACGAGGAAAUCAUAUCCACGUAAACUACCACCAUUACAGAGAAAUAAUGCUAAGAAGCCAUUCCGCCGUACAAAGAGUUCACCAUUUAACUUACCACCAAAUCUUGAUUACAACAUUAUUCAAAGUCCAAAGCUAAAUUUGAAAACCUCAAGCAAAGAUAAAUUGAUUUCUUCUCUAGUGAACUCUCCAAAGCAGAACCGCAUUAAGCCACAGUCCAGGAACGAAACACACCCACUGAAGAUGAUGGCAGUCAAUACCCAUAUGCCUGGGGAUGAGAACACAGAAAAAGGACGGUAUGGACCAAGCACCACAAAGCCGUUUUUACGUCAUAAGAGCUGCCCUUUGAAUAUGGGUCAAGUUAAGCCACUUAUCAGAAGCAAAAGCAC